AUGAAGCUGCUGGGUGCUGUGUUGCUGGUUGCUGGCCUGCUCAGCACCGCUGCCCAGGGGGAGCAGCCCCCCUGGCCGGAUGAGCCUCUGCAGACCUGCUUCUUCCAGACACUCAGCAACGUGGACAGCGAGUUCUGCCAAGGUGAUUUAGAAAUGAUCUACCCGGAGCUGGGCGACGUGGGCUGCACAUACAUCCCCAAGUGCCACCAGUACCGGCGGCGGAUCAGCAGGGAGUGGGGCAGCCCCCAGGUUCGGUACCCCCAGGCUGAGAAG